AUGGCUGUUAAAGCGACAGCCAUGAAGGUGUAUCUGCCGGGACUUCUUAACUUGACGAUGGCGAAGCUUCCAAACAGCUCCACGAUGUGUGAAAUCAAAGGAUGUAUCAGAGAAGUGGAUGUGGUUUUAAGAAUGCAAAAUAUUGUAACCAUACCAAGCUUCAUCAACCUGAUUGACAAGAAGGUGAAUCAGUUUAUCCCAUAUUAUUCUACAAAUAGGAUAAGCGGAAUGCUUCAUUUCUGA